AUGCCCGGCUACAAUGUGGGAAUGGGCUCUGGAACAGGGGGGGGCUUUCGUUACGCUAACGUAGGCAUGGGAUGGGUGAGCGGGGAUGUGGAUGUAGGGUUGGGUUUAGGCAUCAAUCACAGUGGGCAGAGCCUUAGUGUGGUGGUGGGGAACGCGGAUGCCAGGGUGGGAAGGGAGCCAAGGGUGGCACCGGAGAUUAUUGAAUAUCCCGUAGCCGAAGAGGGGAGGGGUGAUGCUGGGCAUUCUGGCAACGGAGUCCCCACUGGUGUGUCCCCAGAGUCCACGCGCCCCGGUGGGCCGUUCAACCCGGCGGGAAAUGGGCGAAAUUCACGUCAACCAUACAGCGCCAACGCGAUCGAUACCGGAGUCAACGAUGAACCGCCACGCCGGCGACUACGCGAUUGGCGCUCUUCUGCGUUUGACGAGGACGGUGGGGACGAGUUGCAUGCUGGCCUCACGCAGGUUUUGUCACUGCCGUGGCCUGAUACCGAGGCUAGUGGGGAUGCUCAGCAUGCUGGGACUGAUGAGCCUGGAUUUGAGGGGGAGGAUGACCCGGAGCCAGACGGUGCAGAUAAUUGGGAUGAUGAGGAGGGAGGCAUUAGCGUUCAGACGGGAUUCCAUCGCAACAGGAUGGGAUCGCGAUACAGAAUUGGAGGAAUCCAACUACUGCACUGGGCUCGUUUGUUCGCACCCACCCGUCGAUACGGGAUAUACACGAGCAACGCAGCGGAGACGAAGAAAAUCCGGAUGCUGCCCCCCAACGUGGUUGCUGGCGUCAUUGUGGGACUGGUUCAGGGACAAGUGGGUUGA